GGGCGCCCUCUAGCGCAGUAACCAUUUAAACAUGGCGGCCUCCAUGAUCUGACUUUUUUGCUUAAAAAACGUUCGCGUUUAUUUCAUAGGUUUUGUGAAUUUUUCUCGUUGUACGCAGCCAGUUGAAAACCAGUGAGAAGUAUGAAUGCAAAGAAGAACAUAGAAGUGAAUUCGUCGUCGCUUGUUGAUCUGAAGGCGGAGCUCUUUCGCAAGCAGGAGGCGUUUCGAAGGGAAAAACAGCAGCAGAAUUCCACCACAGUCAAGUCCAAACCUGUCCCCAAGAAACAAACCAUAUGGUCUAAGAAGAAUGCCGGGGUGCAGGCACGAGCAGAGAAAGACAAAAGUCUGUCUGUUGAGGAGGAGAACCAACUCGACAAAUCAAGGGCAGCUCUUGAGGCCAAGUCUAAGCUGUAUGAGCAGAUGUCACAGAGAGCUAUACUGUCAGCAGAUGAUGAUGUGUCAGAACACUUCUUGGUGGACUUUGAGAAGAAGGCCAUCGAUGAUCUUCGUGAGGAGAAGAAACGUCUUGAGGAUAAGGAGGAUGAAGGGACGGAGUAUGAGGCGGGAGCCACAGACAUCCCUGGCCCUGUCCAACCCGAGGAGGAAUGGGUGGACUACGUUGACACUCUUGGACGCUCCAGACGCUGCAUGAGGAAAGACCUCCCAGAGCUAAUCAACAUGGACAAACGUCUCAACCCACACGCCUUCAAAGACAAGGAAGAGAAGAAAGCGUCCGAGGAAUCACUGCCGGACCUCCUGUCUAACGACAUGUACCGGGAGAUGAUGCGCAAGAAAUGGGAGGAGCAAGAGGAGGAAUUGAGGAGGCGGGGACCGGGCGAGGUCCACUACCAGAACGUCAGGUUUGAUGAGGUCAGAGAAAUGGGCGUGGGCUACUUUGACUUCUCCAAGGAUGAGACGGAGAGGCAGAAGCAGAUGGAGAUGCUUAAGCAUCUUAGAGACGAGACCCUGGACCAGAGGACCAAGAGCCAACAGCUGAAAGCCAAGAGGAAAGCCGCGCUGCAGGCACGACUGGAGAAAGUCAAGCAGAGGAAACGUCUCAAGGGAGAGCUGGUGGAGGAGGAGGAGGAGCAGAAAGAUGAGGUGACGGAGGUGGAUGAAGAAGAGGAGGCGGAGCUAAGACGGAAGGAGGAGGAAGCCAAACGCGUGGCAGAGAGGGUGAAAGCUGCUCCGGCCCGGCCAUGGGAUAUUGGAAAAGAAGAAUGUCAGUGGGAACGUGUCAAGAAGCAAGUGAGAUCAGAGCGCCCUCAAGAGUUUGCUCCUUGUUACGACGGAAAGGCAUCAACGACCAAAGCUAACGCUAGUACCUCGAGAAACUACGAAUUUGCCCCGUCUGCCAGUUAUGGCAGUAGCAACCAACGGUCGCAGGAGUUUGCUCCUCCUCCAGAUUAUGGAUCGAGCAAGAACACAUGGACCAGAAGGAGUGAUCAUACCUUCAAAGACAAUAGAGGGGCGAUGUCAUCAGGCAGAUUGUACGAUGGAGCAGCAUCCAGUGGUCAAAUACAGACAGAGAGCAGGACUAAUGAACCGGAGCCCAAGGCUGUCGAUGAUGACACCAUAACACAGGGCUUGUCAUUCUUCAGACAGAAUGCCAAAAAGUGAGCAGAGAAAUGAACAUUAAUUCUGUUCCCCCCCCCCCCCCACCCAAAUAAAAAAAAUCAUUCAAAAUCCAAAGACCCCUCACAAUAACAGGAAAAUUACACCUGUGUAUUCAACGCCCCCCUUGGAUUUUGAAACACCUUGGAGAGCUAUAGAGUCCAAUUAUCACACUUAUUCAAGUUUCCAUGGCAACCGUGUCAAACAUCUCUUUCAAAUCAAAGCAUAUCAUGGUUGAUUUUGCAAAUAUUGUUUGUAUUUACAAGUAUUUUGUUUCCCUUUUGGCACAAUUGAUGACUACUUUUACAAACAAAUUUUAUCUGCAAAGAAUGAUUGGUCCUAAUCCCCUCAAUAUUUUCAGAAAUGAUGAAUGUCAUAAUAACAUUUGAAAGUUUGAAUUUAAUUAUUCAGAAAUUUCAAUCAAAUAAUUUGUAUUGAUAUUCUGGUUGUUUUUUGUUAUGUUUCUUUAAUUUUCAAAUUUGUUUUGUUUUAUUUCUAUUUCUUAAACCAAUGACAUUAAUUGCCUGAACCAAUUAAACAAUUGUGUAUGUUGCUGAAAAUUAAAGACAGUGCUGAUUGAAGAUGAAAGA